AUGGGCCUCAGCCUGUGCCAAGUCCAGCUCAAACAGCCGGGUAGAGCUUUUCAUUUGGCAAUUCUUUCCAGAAACAUCUUCAAAUGUUUUUGGCUGCUUACCAGCCAGGACGCUAGCUCUCAAGUUGCUGUGACUGUUUGGCUCUUACUGCAGGAAAACCCUGAAGAAGGCCGGGCCAGCAUUUACAGGUCGGUGAUCAUCAACACUUCUAAGGAGAUGAUGUGCUUCAGUGACUUUCCCAUCCCGGCCCACUUCCCCAACUUCAUGCACAACUCCCAGGUGCUGGACUACUUCAGGAUGUACGCCAAAGCGUUUGACCUUCUGAAGUACAUUCGUUUUAAGACCACUGUGCGCAGCGUGAAGAAGCGGCCCGACUUCUCCACUUCAGGCCAGUGGGAAGUGGUCACAGAAUGUGAAGGCAAGGAGGAGGCGACUGUCUUCGACGGGGUCAUGGUUUGCUCUGGCCAUCACACCAAUGCUCACCUGCCGCUGAAAAGCUUCCCUGGUAUCGAGAAGUUCAAAGGACAGUACCUCCACAGCCGGGACUACAAGAAGCCAGACAGUUUUACCGGGAAGAGAGUCAUCGUCAUCGGCAUCGGGAAUUCCGGCGGGGACCUGGCGGUGGAGACCAGCCACGUGGCCAAGCAGGUCUUUCUCAGCACCAGGAGAGGGUCUUGGAUCCUGAACCGUGUGGGCAGCCACGGGUACCCUUCGGACAUGUUGUACUCUUCUCGGCUGAAAUAUUAUAUGAAGAACAUUUUAAGUGAAUCCACCAUAAAUACCUUUUUGGAAAACAGACUGAACCAAAGGUUUGACCAUGCAUUGUUUGGCCUGAAGCCUAAACACAGACCUCUGAGUCAGCAUCCAACAAUAAACGAUGAGUUGCCAAAUCGCAUCAUUUCUGGUUUGGUGAAGGUGAAAGGAAACGUGAAGGAGUUCACAGAGACGGCCGCCAUAUUUGAGGACGGCUCCAGGGAGGAUGACAUUGAUGCAGUCAUCUUUGCCACCGGCUACAGCUUCAACUUUCCUUUUCUUGAGGAUUCUGUCAAAGUAGUCAAUAACAAGGUAUCCCUAUAUAAGAUGGUCUUCCCUCCUCACCUGGAAAAGCCAACCCUUGCCAUCAUUGGCUUGAUCCAACCCCUGGGUGCCAUCAUGCCCAUCUCAGAGCUCCAAGGUCGCUGGGUCACUCAAGUAUUUAAAGGGAUAAAGACACUGCCCUCACCAAGUGAAAUGAACAGAGAAAUAGCCAUGGUUCAAGAGAAAAUUGCAAAAAGGUAUGUGGAGAGUCCGCGCCACACCAUUCAGGUAGACUACACAGACACCAUGGAAGAACUUGCUGUUCUGGUGGGUGUCAGGCCCAACCUGCUCUCCUUGGCCUUCACGGACCCCAGAUUGGCCCUGGAGUUACUGGUGGGACCCUGCACUCCCAUCCACUAUCGCCUGCAAGGCCGCGGGAAGUGGGCCGGCGCUCGCCAGGCUAUCCUCGAGGCAGAAGGUCGCAUAAGGAAGCCUCUGACGACAAGAGUGGUUGAGAGCGGCGAUGCCACAACCUCGGCCGCAGCAAUGGCCUGGAUCAUGGUGGCUGUCGCCUUCCUGGCAGUGUUCGUGGCCUACUUUUAGCCCUUGCAUUGUCACCUAGGAAACGGGAUCUUCAACCGCCUAC